GAAAAAAAAUCUCCAUCUUCUUCCAUCUCACACCGCAAGCCUACCCUUUACGCCCUCUUCUUCUCUUAAAACUCUAUAACCAUGGAUUCUAUAUCCUUUUAAAAUAUAAAAAUCAAAAUACUCCCAAAAAUAUUCUACCCUAUAAAAGCCCCAACACAAAGUUUUCCAUCCCUUUGCUGUCACUGAAAACAACCGAAACCUUUCCCCUUUUACUCUGAUUUGGCUUCCAGUUAUCGACUAGUAUUAGUAAUAGAACAAGUAUCAGAGAGAGAGAGAGAGAGAGAGAGAGAGAGAGGAAUGCCGCUAGGGAAGUAUUACUGCGACUAUUGCGAUAAGCAAUUUCAAGACACUCCUGCUGCUCGAAAACGCCACUUGCAGGGCCUCCAGCACCUCCGUGCCAAAGCUCAAUGGUUCCACUCCCAAAACGCCCAAGAUCUUUAUCAAACUUCGGUACCACCCUUUUCGAAAGGCGUCUGCAAUCGCUUCCUUAAUACAGGAUUUUGCCAGUACGGAGAUAACUGUAAAUACUUCCAUCCCAACAAUGAUUCUCGGACCCCAAAUCCUCCACUUUCAACUGCACCACCAGGUGGUGUAGAGGGAAAUGGAAAUGGUAUGACAAUAUCGUGGGGUAAUCUGCCCCCAUCCUUAAAGCCCCCACCUGAGGCUGGAUAUCCACCUCUUCCUUUUGUGGAUUGGGGAUAAACUCUCUCUCUCUCUCCCCCUUGCUCUGUUUCUAGACACCAAUUUCCUCAUUUAGUUUCUUCAUUUGUUAAAGCUGUAUCUUCUUGUUUAUAUUAUUAUUACAUAUUAGAUCACCCACUUUCAUUUCCCUGUUCUUUCUCCUUUUACAUUUCUUGUCAUCAUGAGUAUGUCAAUACCUUGAUAAUGGGAAUUCAUUAUAUUACACAACACAGUUGUCUAACAAAUCUAAAAGGUGAAGUGUUAUGGUUCAAUUGAUCCUUGGUUCAGUUUAGUUUGUGCAUUAUAGGAACAAAUGGUAAGAAUGCAAGUGAGAGUAUGAAUGUUGUAUGAUUAGGUGGCGGAAUUUGAGUAGACUUCCAAAGCCUAUCCAUAAGCUUCAGAGCUUACUGACAUUUAGAGAUUAUUUGAUGUUUCAAAGCUUCAAGUGCCUGUCUGAUCAACCUCAUAUUCGUAGAGGAAAUUCAACCUGGUAAUUGGAAUUCGCUUCAGUUCUUGCACUUCUUUGGUUGCUAAGGCAUUGAAAUAUUUUGUUUAAAGGGAUGCAAAACUUCUCGUCUCUUAAAUUUCUGGCUGAGUUGCUGUACGAGUCUGAAAUUAGAGGAAAUUGCAAUGUGAGGGAUCUCUGUCUGGGUUACUCUUACCCAUUUGGAGGUCAUUGAAAUCUGGGAUUGCACCAACUUUGAGGCACUGGUUUCAUAAGAUUUUAUUUUAUUUUAAUUAAUUUAUAAAAUGUUUAUAUAUUUAGUUUGGAUCC